AUUAGAUUUGAGAAUAGACAAGUAAAGCGUUGUGUGUGUGUGUGUGUGAUGAUGCAAACGACUGGUGAGCCUCCGUCGUCGUCGUCGUCGUCCUCGCUGCUCGGCGCGUACUCUGCCAACAUGCACCGAUUGACACGCCUCAGCACGACAAUACGGCCGGCGAUGGCCAGCGUCGCGUCAUCAGCAGCAGGAGCAGCUGGAGCAGGAGCUUCGGGAGCAGCAGGAGCAGCAGCAGGAGGAUUGACUGCAGGAUCAGCGGCUUCAACCAACGCGCUCGGCGGCGUCGUCGCUGGUGCGGCUGCUGCUGCUGCGUCCGCCGCCGCGUCGGCAGCCAAGGCAGUGCUCCGACCACCUCCAAACUACAUUGCACUGGAGCCCGGGGCACACUGGAUUGAUCAGCCGCUCAGCCAGCAGGAGCAGUCCAUCGUCGCAAUCAGCCGCGCGCUGCGUGCAAAGUUCGCAAUGAGCCCGUCCUUCAUCCCGCCAGUCGUCGCAAAGACGGCGCGCGUUCUGCGCUACUCGGAUCGCUACCUGGAACAGAAGCGUCAGUCGAUGGCCUCGCGACUACAGCAGGCAGUUUUAGAUGUUAACGUUACAGGCCUUGAAUUGGUCCGAUUGCGUUCCGCCCGUAAAACUGCCAAAAAGAGCCGAGCGUUGGAUCGCGACCUGCUUGCCUCGGCAACAGUCGAAGAGGAUUUGGCAGCGUACGAUGGCGACGAUCAGGAUGGAGAUGGCCGAGACGGUGAUGAAGACGAGGAGAAAAAGAAGCCUGCUGGAGGGAGCGAUGACGAAGAAGAAGCCGAAGUCGAGGAUGACGAAGACAUGGACGGAGGCGACGAUUACACAAACUAUUACGGCGAGGCUGGCGACGACUAUGGAGACGAGGAUGGUGACGAUGGCGAAGCCGAGUAUUAGUCUUAGUCAUGUAUUGUUCCUUGAAGGUUUUGCUUGUCGAAUACAUCUUAUCUUCGCAACCUC